ACCAUGGCGGGCCAGGGGGACUGCUGCGUCAAGGUGGCUGUCAGGAUCCGGCCCCAGCUGUCAAAAGAGAAGAUUGAGGGCUGCCACAUCUGCACCUCGGUCACCCCGGGGGAGCCCCAGGUCCUCCUGGGGAAGGACAAGGCCUUCACCUAUGACUUCGUCUUCGACCUGGACACCUGGCAGGAGCAGGUUUACUCUACCUGCGUGAGCAAGCUCGUGGAGGGCUGCUUCGCGGGCUACAAUGCCACGGUGCUGGCCUAUGGGCAGACGGGGGCCGGGAAGACAUACACUAUGGGCACCGGUUUCGAUGUGGCGAUGGCGGAGGAGGAGCAGGGCAUCAUCCCGAGGGCCAUCGCGCACCUCUUUGGGGGCAUCGCUGAGCGCAAGCGGCGGGCACAGGAGCAGGGUGUGGCUGGGCCCGAGUUCAAAGUCAGCGCCCAGUUCCUGGAGCUCUACAACGAGGAGAUCCUCGACCUCUUCGACAGCGCCCGUGACCCUGACGCCCGCCACCGCAGGUCCAACAUCAAGAUCCAUGAGGACGCCAACGGCGGCAUCUACACCACGGGCGUCACCUCCCGCCUCAUCAGCUCCCAGGAGGAGCUGAUCCAGUGCCUGAAGCAGGGCGCCCUGUCACGCACCACGGCCAGCACCCAGAUGAACGUGCAGAGCUCCCGCUCCCACGCCAUCUUCACCAUCCACGUGUGCCAGAUGCGCCUGUGCACCCGGCCCGACCUGGUGAACGAGGCCGUGACCGGGCUUCCCGACGGCACCGCUCCCUCGGGCGAGUAUGAGACGCUCACCGCCAAGUUUCACUUUGUGGACCUGGCGGGCUCAGAGCGGCUGAAGCGGACGGGGGCCACAGGCGAGCGGGCCAAGGAGGGCAUCUCCAUCAACUGUGGCCUGCUGGCCUUGGGCAACGUGAUCAGCGCCUUGGGGGACCAGAGCAAGAAAGUGGUGCACGUGCCCUACAGGGACUCCAAGCUCACCCGGCUCCUCCAGGACUCGCUGGGCGGCAACAGCCAGACCAUCAUGAUCGCCUGCGUGAGCCCCUCUGACCGGGACUUCAUGGAGACGCUCAACACGCUCAAAUACGCCAACCGAGCCCGCAACAUCAAGAACAAGGUGGUGGUGAACCAGGACAAGACCAGCCAGCAGAUCAGCGCACUGCGGGCCGAGAUUGCGCGCCUGCAGAUGGAGCUGAUGGAGUACAAGGCGGGCAAGAGGGUGAUCGGGGAGGAUGGCGCCGAGGGCUACAGUGACCUGUUCCGGGAGAACGCGAUGCUGCAGAAGGAGAACGGGGCGCUGCGCCUGCGGGUCAAGGCCAUGCAGGAGGCCAUCGACGCCAUCAACAACCGCGUCACCCAGCUCAUGAGCCAGGAGGCCAACCUGCUCCUGGCCAAGGCCGGAGACGGCAACGAGGCCAUCGGUGCUCUGAUCCAGAAUUACAUCCGGGAGAUUGAGGAGUUGCGGACCAAGCUCCUGGAGAGCGAGGCCAUGAACGAGUCCCUGCGUCGCAGCCUCUCUCGGGCCUCGACCCGGGGUCCCUACUCCCUGGGCGCGUCCCCGGUCGUCCCGACCAGCUCCAUGGAGGACGCCUCUGAGGUCAUCCGCCGAGCCAAGCAGGACCUGGAGAGGCUCAAGAAGAAGGAGGUCAGGCAGCGGAGAAAGAGCCCAGAGAAGGAAGCCUUCAAAAAGAGGGCAAAACUCCAACAGGAGAACAGCGAGGAGACCGAUGACAAUGAGGCUGAGGAGGAGGACGAGGAGCCGGAGGAGAGCGGCUGUGAGGAGGAGGAUGAGGACUCGGGCAGCGAGGAGAGCCUGGUGGACUCGGACUCCGACCCCGAGGAGAAGGAGGUGAACUACCAGGCUGACCUGGCCGACCUGACGUGCGAGAUCGAAAUCAAGCAGAAGCUGAUUGACGAGCUGGAGAACAGCCAGCGGCGGCUCCAGACGCUCAAGCACCAGUACGAGGAGAAGCUGAUCCUGCUGCAGAACAAGAUCCGGGACACGCAGCUGGAGCGGGACCGCGUGCUGCAGAACCUCAGUACCAUGGAGUGCUACACGGAGGAGAAGGCCAACAAGAUCAAGGCGGACUAUGAGAAGAGGCUGCGGGAGAUGAACCGGGACCUGCAGAAGCUGCAGGCCGCGCAGAAGGAGCACGCGCGGCUGCUCAAGAACCAGUCUCGCUAUGAGAGGGAGCUCAAGAAGCUGCAGGCCGAGGUGGCCGAGAUGAAGAAGGCCAAGGUGGCCCUGAUGAAGCGGAUGCGGGAGGAGCAACAGCGGCGGCGGCUGGUGGAGACCAAGAGGAGCCGGGAGAUCGCGCAGCUCAGGAAGGAGCAGCGGCGGCAGGAGUUUCAGAUCCGGGCUCUGGAGUCCCAGAAGCGGCAGCAGGAAAUGGUCCUGAAGAGGAAAACCCAGGAGGUUUCUGCACUGAGGCGUCUGGCCAAGCCCAUGUCUGAGCGGGUGGCGGGCCGCGUGGGACCAAAGCCACCCAUGCUGGACUCGGGCACCGAGGUGUCGGCCAGCACCACCUCGUCCGAGGCCGAAUCGGGGGCGCGCUCCGUCUCCAGCAUCGUGCGCCAGUUGGACCGCAAGAUCAGCCACUUCUUGGGGAGCCACCCCACGCCCACCAUGUCUGGCGCCCGCCCUGCCAGAAAGAAGUUCCAGAAGAAGGGGGCCAGCCAGAGCUUCAGUAAGGCCGCCAGGCUCAAGUGGCAGUCGCUGGAGCGGAGGAUCGUCGACAUCGUCAUGCAGAGGAUGACCAUUGUCAACCUGGAGGCUGACAUGGAGCGGCUCAUCAAGAAAAGGGAGGAGCUAUCCCUCCUGCAGGAGGCGUUGAGGAGGAAGCGGGAGCGGCUGCAGGCCGAGAGCCCGGAGGAGGAGAGGGGGCUGCAGGAGCUGGCAGAGGAGAUCGAGGUGCUGGCGGCCAACAUUGACUACAUCAACGACAGCAUCGGCGACUGCCAGGCCACCAUUGUGCAGCUGGAGGAGACCAAGGAGGAGCUGGACUCCACAGACACGUCGGUGGUCAUCAGCUCCUGCUCCCUGGCCGAAGCCCGCCUCCUGCUGGACAACUUCCUCAAGGCGUCCAUCGACAAGGGGCUGCAGGUGGCCCAGAAGGAGGCCCAGAUCCGGCUGCUGGAGGGACGGCUGAGGCAGACAGACAUAGCGGGCCCCUCCCAGAACCACCUGCUGCUCGACGCCCUGCGCGAGAAGGCCGAGGCCCAUCCCGAGCUGCAGGCCCUCAUCCACAACGUGCAGCAGGAGAACGGCUACGCCAGCACAGAUGAGGAGGUGUCUGAGGUCUCAGAGGGGAGCUUCUCCCAGUCGUUCACCAUGAAAGGCUCCACCAGCCAUGACGACUUCAAGUUCAAGGGUGAGCCCAAGCUGUCCGCCCAGAUGAAGGCCGUGUCUGCCGAGUGCCUGGGCCCCCCGCUGGACGUGUCCACCAAGAACAUCACUAAGUCCCUGGCCUCCCUCGUGGAGAUCAAAGAGGACGGAGUGGGCUUUUCCAUCCGAGACCCCUACUACCGGGACAAGGUCUCUCGGACCAUCAGCCUGCCCACCAGAGGGAGCACUUUCCCCCGGCAGUCUCGAGGAGCGGAGACGUCCCCUCUGACCCGGAGGAAGUCAUACGACCGAGGGCAGCCCAUCAGGUCCACAGACGUGGGGUUCACGCCCCCCUCGUCCCCUCCCACUCGGCCCCGGAACGACCGAAACGUCUUCUCUCGUCUCACCAGUAACCAGAGCCAAGGGUCAGCACUGGACAAGUCUGAUGACAGCGACUCCUCUUUGUCGGAGGUCCUGAGGGGCAUCAUCACCCCGGUUGGAGGAGCCAAGGGCGCGCGGACGGCCCCACUGCAGUGCGUCUCCAUGGCCGAGGGCCACACCAAGCCCAUCCUCUGCCUGGACGCCACGGACGAGCUGCUUUUCACAGGGUCCAAAGACCGCAGCUGUAAGAUGUGGAACUUGGUGACAGGGCAGGAGAUCGCAGCUCUGAAGGGCCACCCCAGCAACGUGGUCUCCGUCAAGUACUGCAGCCUCUCUGGGCUCGUGUUCUCUGUGUCCACCUCCUACAUCAAGGUGUGGGACAUCCGAGACUCGGCCAAGUGCGUCCGGACCCUCAUGUCCUCAGGCCAGGUGGUCUCAGGGGACGCCUGUGCGGCUGCGUCCACCCGCACCAUCACCAGCGCUCAGGGAGAGCACCAGAUCAACCAGAUCGCCCUCAGCCCCUCGGGCAGCAUGCUGUAUGCCGCCUCGGGCAACGCCGUCCGCAUCUGGGAGCUCAGCAGGCUCCAGCCCGUCGGCAAGCUGACUGGCCACAUCGGCCCCGUGAUGUGCCUGACGGUCGCCCAGACCGCCAGCCAGCACGACCUGGUAGUGACCGGCUCCAAGGACCACUAUGUUAAGAUGUUUGAGCUGGGUGAGUGUGUGACGGGCACCGUCGGCCCCACCCACAACUUCGAGCCCCCGCACUACGAUGGCAUCGAGUGUCUGGCCAUCCAGGGGGAUGUCCUGUUCAGUGGCUCCCGGGAUAAUGGCAUCAAGAAGUGGGACCUGGAGCAUCAGGAGCUCAUGCAGCAAAUCCCCACGGCACACAAGGACUGGGUGUGCGCCCUGGCCUUCGUCCCGGGCCGCCCCAUGCUGCUGAGCGCCUGCCGCGCAGGCGUCAUCAAGGUCUGGAACGUGGACAACUUCACGCCCAUUGGUGAGAUCAAGGGCCACGACAGCCCCAUCAACGCCGUCUGCACCAACGCCAAGCACAUCUUCACUGCCUCCAGUGACCUGACAGUGAAGUUCUGGAGUGCCCGGCGCCUGGUACCCAGCGGCCCCCACUAGGAGUGAGCUCAGAGGACAGCCUGACCCUUGGCCCAGCAGCCGGGAUGCACAGAGGGGAAGCUGGGGCCCAGCGGGGUGGCGC